GUUACUGGUCUGCUCCUACCUGGCUCUGCCAGGACCAAGGGCAGGCUGAGGUUUCCUCACAGGGUCUUGUUGGUUGUUAGUGGGUGGGGAGCUUCUCCUGCUAGGGCCUCACUUGGGUAAUAUGACCUAAUGGAAAGACGUGGCUCCCACUCUCACCCUGUACUUUUGCCUGUCCCCAGUAUCCUGGGACAUCUUCCUGCCCCCUCCAGACUGAGACCAGCCCCUACAGCCCCCACUCUGCCUUCACCACAGCUUUCCUUUUCAUCUGGUGUCUGGUCUUCCCAGCACCCACCUACCCGCCCUUUUAGGGAGGUGCCGCAUGGCAGCCCGCCCCCUUCACACUGGUUUCCUCAGGAAAGGCCUUGGAAGGAAGCAGGGAGGGGGGAUGGGAGCCGUGGGGGCCAGACUAACAGGAGCCCUCUCGCUGGACUGGCCGCCAUGGGACUGAGGCUGCUCCCACUGUUGCUGCUCUGGACACAGGGGACCCAAGGGUCCAAGCUGGACCCCAAUGGACAACAUGUCUGCAUGGCCAGCAGCCCCUCUGCUGAGCUCCAGUGCUGCCCAGGCUGGAGGCAGAAAGAUCAAGAAUGCACUAUCCCCAUAUGUGAGGGGCCAGAUGCCUGCCAGGAAGAUGAAGUAUGUGUGAAACCGGGCCUCUGUCGAUGCAAACCUGGAUUCUUCGGGGCCCAAUGCAACUCCCGCUGCCCGGGCCAGUACUGGGGCCCCGACUGCCGUGAGAUCUGUGCCUGCCACCCCCAUGGCCAGUGCGAGCCGGCCACGGGCGUGUGUCACUGCCAAGCGGACCGCUGGGGCGGCCGUUGCGAGUUCGCGUGCACCUGCGGCCCCCACGGGCGCUGCGACCCCGCGACGGGCGCGUGCCGCUGCGAGCCCGGCUGGUGGUCGCCCACCUGCCGCCGUCCGUGCCAGUGCAACCCUGCGGCGGCGCGCUGCGAUCAGACCGACGGCUCCUGCCGCUGCGAGCCGGGCUGGUGGGGCCGCCGCUGCAGCUUCCGCUGCGCCUGCCACGGCUCGCCGUGCGCGCAGGAGAGCGGCCGCUGCGCCUGCCGGCCCGGCUGGUGGGGCCCCGAGUGCCGGCUGCCGUGCGAGUGCGUGCGUGGCCGCUGCAGCGCCGCCUCCGGCCAGUGCGCCUGCCCGCCCGGCUACCGCGGCGCCCGCUGCGAGCUGCCCUGCCGCGCCGGCAGCUACGGGCCUCACUGCCGCGACAGCUGUGGCCACUGCAAGCAGAAGGAGCCAUGCUCUGCAGACACAGGCAGCUGUGAGUCCUGCGAGCCAGGCUGGAAUGGGACCCAGUGCCAUCAGCCCUGCCCACCUGGCACCUUUGGCGAGAACUGCCGGCAGCAGUGCCCCCACUGCCAGCGUGGGGAGGCCUGUCAGCCAGACACUGGGCACUGCUGGCGUUGUGAUCCUGGGUGGCUGGGGCCCAGGUGUGAAGACCCCUGCCCGAUUGGCACCUUUGGGGAGGGCUGUAGCUCUACCUGCCCCACCUGUGUUCAGGGGUCCUGUGAUGCUGUGACUGGGGAGUGUGUCUGCAACACUGGCUACUGGGGACCCAGCUGCAACACUUCAUGCCCAUCUGGCUUCUAUGGCAACAACUGUUCUAUUCCUUGUGAAUGCCCAGAGGGACCCUGCAAUUCUGUCUCUGGGACCUGCCAGCUGGGGCCUCAUGGUCAGGAUGCCACCCUCAUCGCAGGCAUCCUUGUGCCUCUGCUGCUGCUCCUCCUGGGCAUCAUCUUCUGUGCCUGCUGCUGCUGGGCUGCCCGGUUGGACCCCAAGGACAGGCCAGCAAGUGACAGAGCUGCUAUGUCCAGGAUGAAGCUGCAGGUCUGGGGAGCACUGAGCAGCCUUGGCUCGGCGUUGCCCUGUGGUUCCUUUGGCAGCCACAAGCUUCCCUGGGUGACAGUCUCACACCACGACCCGGAGAUCCCCUUCAACCACAGCUUCAUUGAGCCGCCCUCUGCAGGCUGGGCCUCAGACGACUCCUUCUCUUCUGAUCCUGAGUCUGGAGAGGACGAGAGCCCUGCCUACUGCAUGCCACCCCAAGAAGGGAUGGUCACUGUGGCCCACGGAGAGUUUCCAGAGGCCAGCCUGCCUGAAGGUCCCGUCCCUCCUCCUGAGGACGCCUCCACACCAUUUCCCAUCCCGCGGACUUCCAGCCUAGCACGGGCCAAGCGGCCAUCAGUCUCCUUUGCCGAAGGCACGAAGUUUGCACCACAGAGUCGCCGAAGCUCAGGGGAGAUCUCCAGUCCUCUCCGAAAGCCCAAGCGGCUCCCCCGGGGGGCCCAGCUGGGUCCUGAAAGCCAGGAGGCUGAGGAGUCCAUGGGCUCAGAGAAAGCAGAAAUGGAUGAGACCCUUCCUGGUGCUGCCAGCCCCAGGGAUUCAGCCACUGGCCGCCGCCGCCUCCCCACGCUUGGUGGCUGGACAGUGGCUGAGCGAGUGGAAGCCAUUGAGGGCAGUGUCCUGGAGGGCUCAGGCUCCGUGACCACGAUCUAUAUGUUGGCAGGGACACCCCAGUUAUCUGAGGGACCUGUCCGGUCUGUUCUCCGACGUUUUGGUAGCUUCCAGAAAGGCCAGGCAGAGCCCAAGGUCAAGAGUGCCAUUCCUAAGCCUCCACGCCGGGCCCUUAGUCGAAAUAAGGGCAGCCCCGGGCUGGCCUCUGGCUCUGCCAUUCAGAGUCCCAGCUUAGCCCCGAAUGAUGAGCUCACUAGGCCCUUGGAGUCUGCUGGAACUGGGCCAGAGGAAGUGGCCAGGGGGCUAGGGGAUGGCAGCAAGAGCUCAGGGAGGGCCCAGGAGCUGGCCCCUGAGGGUGGCUCCCAAGAGCAGGAUCCCCAGAAGCUGGCGGAUGAGGAAGGGCAGGAGGAACCCCAGUAUGAGAAUGUUGCACCCAUCUCUGGGCCACCAGCACCCUGAGAACCUAAAUUUGGGGAGUGGGAAGUAUAUGGAUGGAGGGUAGGCAUCUGAACUGCCCCUGGAUCAGAUCGUGUUUUGUUGGAAAAAUAUCUCAGGGCCAGGAAAGACAUACUGGAGCCUCUGCCCUUUGAUAGGGAACUGUCAGAGUGGAGGCCAGUUGGCUCUGGGCCCUGGCAGUGCUCUGGGAGAGGUCUGGGAGGCCUGGGCAGAGACCCCACAGGGCAGGGUCAGGAAGGGGAAAAAGGUGACUGCAGGGACUUUUUCUCUGUUGUUCUGGACUCUUUGGGCUCAAAGCCUAUUCUUUUCUUCAUUGGCAAAACAUUUUUCUGAAAUGGGAAACAACCUAAAUGUUUGAUGAUAAAAGAUCGGUUAAAGAAAGAUUGCUUAUGAUAGGUUCCUAAACAGCCACGAAAAAUCAUAUUGUGUAAGAGUGUUUAAUACGGGAAAUAUGGGAGACUGUUAAAAAAAAAAUAUGGGAGACUGUUUAUGCUAUCAUGGGAAGUGUAAAAAAUAAGAUUUCUUUUUAUAAAUUUCA